UUGAAAGCGGUACGCAAAUUUCACCCAGUUAAGUGCUGGCAUCGAAAUCGAAAGGUCUUCUCACAAUGCUCAGCCGUUGCCUUAUGCUAGCCAGCUGUCUGCUGGCAUUGCCUGCUGCCCGGGCCUACUUUGAGGGCUGCGAUAACACGUAUACGCUACAGCCGGGCUUAUCGGUUUUUGAGUCGCCCUACUAUCCCCAAAACUACCCAGCGGGCACCUCGUGCCGUUAUAAGGUCACGGCCCCUGAUAAUCACAAUAUCCAGAUGCAGUGCACCAUUAGUUUGCCAUCGAACAAUGGCCAGUGCACCACUGACAAUUUUUGGGUGGACUCUGAGGGAGAUGUAUUAAUGCGAACCGCUGAGAAUUUUUGUGGCUCCGGCUCCUUCACUAGGGAAUCUCUUUUCACCGAAAUGACCUUUGCCUACAUCUCGACUGGUUCUAACUCCGGUCGAUUCAGGUGCACGUUGAAUGUCCAGCCGCAACCCUGCAACUGUGGCUGGUCUGUCUCACCGCGCAUUUCCAAUGGCCAGCAGGCCGCUAUCAAUGAGUAUCCGUCCAUGGUGGCACUAAAGGAUGUCACCAGCACUGUGACCAGCUUCUGUGGUGGUGUUAUCGUCGGCCCUCGUCAUAUUGUAACGGCUGCUCAUUGCGCUGGACUGGUUCAACAGCCCACCAAUAUUGUCGCUAUUGUAGGCACCAACAACCUGCAAAAUCCCAGCAGUUCCAUAUAUUAUGCACAGUAUGCCAUACAGCAGGUUCUGAUCCACCAGCAAUACCAGACUAAUCCCAAUUUGAUAAACGAUAUCGCAAUUCUCAUCACAGCAACCAGAAUCAAAUGGACACGUGGCGUUGGUCCCAUUUGUCUGCCUCCCGUGGGAACGACAAGCAGCUUUGAGUAUGAUCUCGUUGAUGUAAUUGGCUGGGGCACAAUUUAUUUUGCUGGUCCCGCUUCCGCCGCGCUACGGAAGGUUUCGUUGAUGGUGGCAAACAAUGGAGAUUGCCAGACGGACUAUCAGGGCCAGGCCACAAUCAAUGCGAACCACGUGUGCACCUACGACUAUGCGGGCCUAAAACAAGAUUCCUGCCAAUACGAUUCAGGGGGUCCGGUCAUCAAGCGCGCCGCCAGGCAAUUCCUUUUGGGUGUCAUCAGUUUCGGAAAUACUUGCGCCUCCAAGGCUUAUUCCAUGGGAGUCAAUACGCGCGUCACAUCAUAUCUCAACUGGAUACGUCAGAAUAUCGGCUAUGCUAACUGUCAAGUAUCCAUGUAAAAACUAUAAUUUGUUGAAUUUUCUUUAAAAUGGAAUUAUGUAAUCAAAAAUAAAUUAAUUUUUCACAUUUGAACGUGACCCUCUUGCCGUA